AUGGAGAAGAAGUCGAAAAGGUCGUCUUCGGUCUCGCCUCCGCCACCCAAACGGAGGAAGUCCGUAGGUGCCACCAAACGUAGCGGUCUGUCCACAGACGUCCAGGUGGGCCAUCUCACCGUAUACUCCUGGAACAUUAAUGGCAUAGGACCAUUCGUUCAACGACCCAUUACGUCGUUUUGCAAGCCAUCACCAGGCAGCAGCACCCCGCCAGCUCAGGAAGCCUCAUCUCUGCGAGAUGUCCUCAGACGCCAGGAUUGGCCGUCCAUUCUCUGCCUUCAGGAAGUCAAAAUCCGCGAGGACGACGAGUCCACGAAAACUACAGUAGAAAGGUCGGUGAUGUCGGCCGAUGGCAAUGCGGAACCUUCGUAUAAGACAUUCUUCUGUCUGCCUUGCGACAAAUACAAUGCGCGCGGGUUCGGCCGUAAAAUUUAUGGCGUUUGCACUCUCAUCCGGACCGACUUCUUCGAUAAAGUAGUGAACAACGUACGGACGGUGGACUGGGACGCAGAAGGGCGUUUUCUCGUCUGCGAGACAAGAGUCUCCGGUAUGAUGCCUCGUUUAGCGAUCAUCAAUGUCUACGCGGUGAGUACUGCUCUAACAUCAUUUUGCCAGCCAGAUAGCGUAGCUAACGAUGGCUAUAGGUCAACGGAACUGAGGUAGCGUGACGUCGAACUGAGGAGGGUCCAGUAGCUGAUCGAACUUGUGGCAGGCACCGUACAAAGACCCUCAAACAGGCGAGCCGGCUGGAACCAGGCACGACAGGAAGCUUCAGGUCCAUAAGCGAUUGCAAACGGAAUGCCGAGCACUGGAGGAGAAAGGUUUCGCAUGUAUCGUGGCCGGUGAUCUCAACAUCGCACGAAAACCUAUCGACGGGCAUCCCAAUUUGCGGACAUUUCCGAAGCGACACUGCCUAAAUCGUGCGGACUUCGAGGCCAGAUUCUUCAGAAACUCUCAGCAAGGAGGAACGGCGGCCGCGGCAGAUGACCAAGCGUUAGAUUUCAUCGACACUUUCCGCCAGGUGCACGGCGAAAGUCGACCGGGCUACACCUACUAUCCGCGAGGCAAGCCGUUCGGAAGCAGUUGCGAUCGCGUUGAUAUGAUACUCAUAUCACAAUCUUUGAAAGCAUCUCUCCAAGCAGCCGGUAUUUGUGAGACGCCAGCAGAUCGUAGCUCAUCGGAUCACGUUCCGCUCUGGUGCACACUGGGCUUCGAAGGAGAAUGA